CACGGCGUGUCGCGCCGCCCUCUCCGCCCCCGCUGGGGCGUGCGAGCGCCGCCGAGGCCGGCGCGUGGGGAGCUGGCGCUCGGCGGGUCUGCGAGCCCGGAGCCGGGAGCUCUUGCCCGCCCGAGCUGCGCGCGGAGCCUGGAGCGCGGACCCCGGGGCACAGAGCGCGGCGCCUCCGCCCCAGCCUGCCCCCGGGCGCACCCGGCCAUGGAGCCUUCGCACAAAGACUCCGAGACGGCGGCGGCGGCAGCCGACCCUCGGGGGGCGUCCUCGUCCAGCGGGGUGGUGGUGCAGGUCCGCGAGAAGAAGGGCCCCUUGCGUGCCGCCAUCCCCUACAUGCCCUUCCCCGUGGCCGUCAUCUGCCUCUUUCUCAACACUUUCGUGCCGGGACUGGGGACGUUCGUCUCAGCCUUCACUGUCCUGUGCGGAGCCCGCACUGACCUCCCGGACAGGCACGUGUGCUGUGUCUUCUGGCUGAACAUUGCCGCGGCCCUCAUCCAGGUCCUCACAGCCAUCGUCAUGGUGGGCUGGAUCAUGAGCAUCUUCUGGGGCAUGGACAUGGUCAUCCUCGCCAUGCUUGGAGCUCCUGGCCUUAGAGGAUCCUCCCUGCAGGCCCAGCCCCCAUGCUGAGGGGAAUCAUGGAUGUGGGUGGCAGACCUGACCAGAGCAUAUGAGUAGCAGACCUGGGACCUCUGUUCAGCAGGCAUGGCAGGCAGCCUGCUUGUCAAGGAUGCAGACAGCUGACAUUGCCAGAGAGCAAGUAUGUGGCCCACGGAGCUCAGGCCCCUAGGCCCACUGUUCUCUCCUCUCCAUCAUGCAGUUUCCAGAAAGAAGGGAAAGGCCAUGUGGAAUGCCUGCCCACAGGAAACUCUAUAACUGUGUUUUUACUGCCAGAAAUUACGUAAUUUUCUUUUCAUCUAAGCUCUUUGUUGUGUUCACCUAUAAUUUGACAAAUAAUCGAUUUAGAAAAACUGUUUUGCAAAAGGGCUUAACAUUACAAAAUCAAGUUUACCAAAGAGGACUUGAUUAACAUUUUAUAGAUAGCCUACCAAGGUCUUAAGACAGACACCACCUGUUUUAAGCAGCCCAGCACACUGCCAUGUGCCCCCAUGCCUGCCCUCUGCCCUUCCUCAUUAGGCAGCAUGCCUCACUAAUGGAACCACCUCCCCUCAGGGAGUUGGCCCUUCUCUUUUUUGCAUCCUACACCCAGCCCAGCCAUUUGCAGGCAGUCUUGUUACUGGGGUAAGCCGUGCCAGGUAGGACAGCAGAGACAGGAGGGGAAGCCCAGGGCCUGGAAUGUUCUAGAAUGAUCUGUAGCCAACUCAGCCUGAGUUCAGGAUCCUGUGAGGGUCCAAAACCCAGGCACACAUAUGCCAGGACAGGCAGGGCCUCAGGCCAGUGAUCAGUCAAGCCACCUGGCCAGGGAAAAUACCAGAGCCUGUGCAAGGUCCAGCAGGGCCUGUGGACUGGUCAGACAGGCUGCCUGGAGCAGGUCCUCCAGCAGCUGAGGUUGAGGGGCUGGCUGGAUUGCUGGGGUGUCCAGCUCUAGGGCAAACCAGGCCAACCCUGGACCUCCAACAGCUGGAAAAUGGGAGGGGAGCUCCAGGAGCGGUCAGGGGUGCCCCUCCGCAGGGGAGGGCUGUCCUCAGGGCAGGUGAGCAGGCAGAGUGGCAGAGACGCGACACACCACCCAGUGCCCUGGUGAGGGUCUGUGGCUGUGCCCAGGGUGUGCUUCCAUUUGGGGCCACAGGACAUGGCCAACAAGAAUGAGCUGCUGCAAAAUCUGACAGUCUCCCAGGGGGCGCUUGGCACCUCCCUGGGGGCCUGCGGGGUGGCUGCCAGCUUCCUGGCCCUGCCCCCAGCUGGAACCUGGAAGGUGCAUCUGCUCAGGAAAUCGUCCUCAGCAGCAGUUCCAAGACCAGUGAAGGCUGCCACACUUCUGCCCUUCAAAGCCCCUGACCCCUCCCAGUGCCUGUGCCCCCGGGGCUUCAGCGGACCCUCGCCAUUAAAGCAGACACACCUAUAUCACAGGCUUGUCCCAAUGAACGCAUGUUGAUGUCUAAUCUGAUCCCUAGACUUUCUGGUGUCCUUUGGUCAUCCUCUGUACUCAGGAACUGCAGGGUCUGGAUGGGAGGCUAACCUAGGGAGCUCCCUUUAUCGUGUCCUAGAUGAAGAGACAGACCCAGUCACUUGUUCACUUUCCACCACCCUGGGUUGCUGACUCAGCCAGGAGCGCCUCCUUAUGGCUGAUGUGAGGGCCAUCACCAGCUGCAGGAUAAUCAAGUGUGAGAGCCCCCAUCCCACCCCAUGCCUUUGCUCAGGUCAGAGGUGGCUCCUUGCAUCAGACCUUUUAGAACACGGUUGGGGGUGGACUUGCAGACUGCACCAGAAAACCCCUCUGCCUGCUCCCCACUAAACCCUCCUGGCCACCCCUUCCCUCACCCAUCUCAGGAGGGGUGCCUCUGUGCUUCCUCCAGAGAGCCAGCCCACCCUCCAAGGAUGAAUAGUCAUCAUUCUUGAGAUGGUGCCGUAGGCUGGGAUGAAUCCAAGCAGCAAUGGAGUGUGUGUGUCCCAGAAUGAGUACUUUGAAAGGAAUAACCAUGACUGACCUGUCUGUCCUAGUACACAGCUGGGAAGGGACAGUGCUUUCUGGUGUCCCUCCAGCCCCUGCCUGUAAAAAUAAAGGGACUUUUCAGUUGUCAACAAUAUAGAUGAUUUUUCCCAGCAUUGUCUAGGGUGUCACCAACAAACACACCAUCAGGAAAAACUCCUAAGAGGGGAAUCAGAGAAAUAAAGAUCACAGUAGAGGUUCAAAUCAGGAACUUACAAUCACGCUGCUCUAUUUAUAUUAAUAACAAGUAACAUUACACCACAGCCUGUCUUGAUUGUGGGAUCAGACUUAGUGCGACAGUAGCUGCUUUCUCCUGCAGUACCCAUGGCGGAUGCUGCUGAUCAAUCAUGACUCCUGCUGAGCAGUCUCACAUGUUCUCAAUGCAGGGCUUCAGGCAGUGGCUGCCAAUUGAUACAAGAUGUCCACAGGCUAAAACCUGUUUGCUUUCCCUGGGCCUGCGUCUUUCCCAAAGCACUGGUUUUGGUGUAUGUGGCUCCUGUGCAUAUAAAAGGCAAGCCACAUGGCUUCAGACAGAGCCAAGCUACUGCCAGGAGGGUCACUUCAACACCUUCAGGUGGUCACAGUCAAACCUGUCCUGCUGCUGUCUGUCCUGAGGCCCACUCAGAAUUCUUUUCAAGCCAAACAUGGGUUGGGUAUGAAAAAAAAGUGAGAGACAGGAGGUGAGCAGAAGAGCAUGAGUGGCUGCGAUGUGUUGGAGAGAGAUUCCUGGCGGAGUUCCACCAGGUGUGAGCCUGGGGAUGGAGCCCUUGCUGUGCACACCUGCAGCUCCCUGCCACAUGCCAAUGGGGCUGGCUGCUGGCUGCUGGCUGCCAUGAACACCUGAGCCUGCACAUCCUUCCCUAUUUAUA